GGCUACUAGCAGGCUGUCCCCGCCCGCCACCUAAAGAGGAAGGAGGCCCCGAUGGAGAGCUGGCCUCCGCGGCGGCGGGCCCGGCGGGGCCCCCUCCCGGCCCCCGGGCUGCUGGGCUUGAUCCUGCUCCCCUGGACCCUGCCGCUGGCAGGCGCAGAAGAGCGGUCCGUGACCCACACCGGCCUCCCCAUUCUGGUCUCUCUGGCCAACAAGGCCGUCUCCUUCCACUGCAGCAUCACCUACCCCUACACCCCCGAGUCCAAGAACUUCACAGUCAGAUACUUCCACGUGGACCUCCAGGGCCGGACCAGCUCCGAGGAGAAGAUCAGCUGCCAACCUGGCACGGGCAGUGAGAACCAGACCCACACCACUGUCUGUCCCAUCACCCUCAAGCCGCCUAACGCGUCUGCCACCGGUACCUACUACUGCUCCGUGCUCUGGCCGGACUCCAAGAUGAUGGGUGGGGGCACCUUCAUCCUGGUCAGAGACACAGGAUACCAGGAGCCCCCCCGGGGCCCCCAGAAGCUCCUGCUCUCCUGCUUCGUCGGCAUCCUGGCCGUCCUGAGCAUCCUGGCCACGGCCCUGCUUCUCUGGAAGAAGGGACAGAUGCAGGCUCUGUGGAAGCAUGCUGCCAAGAAGUGCCCGGGCCCCACUGCCACCAGCAGCCCAGGGCAGCCUCCAUCGGAAUCCGUCUACACGGAUCUACAGCACCGCGAGUCCGAGGUCUACGACUGCAUCCAGAAUGAAGCCGGCAGCCCGCCCGCCUCCCAGGGCCUGCUCUCCCAGGAGAAACAGCAAAAAUUUGAGGGUGACGGUGAAUUUAACCUGGUCUAUGAAAAUCUCUAGGAUGAGCUCUGCCUGCCCAUGGGUCUUGCCCUGGAUCAGAGGCCCUGGGGCAGCCUCUCCCUCCCAAGAACUUGAUCUAUCCGGAAGUGAGGCUCCAGGGCUUCCCAUCACCUCGCCCCCACAUUUAAGAGGCUGUCCCCCACCCUGUUCCACAGCCCAGUCACACCCCUCAAGCAUGCCAUGUCUCCUGGCUUUGGUCCAAGCUGUUCCCUCUGCAGGUGGGCACUCCCUCCGUCUCCAAGGGCUCUCUUGGACACCUCCCAUCCCUGGGGCCCUCCUCACUCUGUAGGGAUGCACGGGCUCUCUUGUACCAGCCUGAACCGCCAGGAGGUUCCAAAGGGGACACUUGUCAGUACUGUGUGCACACACAUUGCCAAGUAGAUGAAUAAAAGAGCAACUAUACAAA